AUGACUAAGGUCCGCCGAGAUCAGGCUGCCUGGCGGCUCGCUGCUGCCCUUGAAGAACAGGCCGCCGAGGACAAGGCUGCCUCUGCAGAAGCGGACAUUGAGCGCGCUGAGGGCAUUCCGCAAUUAUCUAGCAAAAUAGAGGAAAUCCGUGCAAAAGGACUGCAAACUGAGGCACUAGUAAAGGAUGUCAUCGCAUUAGAUGAGACGCUGCGUUCAGACGCCACAACAGAGAUUGAAGAAGCCUUCCCUUAUACGAAGGUGCAGCGUUCUGUAUUCGGCAAGACUAUAACCAUCGAUUCUGGUAUCGGAUUCAAUGCGAAGCGUAGCGGUUAG